AUGGGAAUGUCGCAACCAGGGUCCGUAUCCUCCAGGGUUGAUCCCAAACCUCGAAAAUUUCGCUCUGCUUGUGACAGCUGCCACCGGAGCAAAACCCGCUGCGCCGGUGGAAACCCCUGCAGUCGCUGCCAGGAAUUCAUGACCAGAUGCACGUACAGUUAUUCCAUGCGUGCUGGAAAGCCCAAGGGAUCCCGCUGCCGAAAGACACUGGAACGUGAACAGAGGGCCGCCAUGGCGGAAGACUCCCACUCCGCCCCGAGGGAGGAGCACGCCAUCCCGCCCGAGGAUGACACCAACCUGCACUCUGCGACCUCCCGAUCUACUUCCUCGUCCUCUCCAGUUCCAUCAUCCGAAACAUUCUGGUCGCCGUCCGAUUUUCUCUUCAACCAGACAGCGUCCGAUCUCGUGCCCUGCACAGACUGGCUAGGGUCUUCCGCGUUAGAUUGGUUGCAGUCAGAGACAGUUUCCGAAACCGUCGACUUGAAUUGGUCAACCGGCUCAUCAGAUCGGGGGCAAGCAGAUGGAGCCAACCGGUUUACCUUUGAAUCGAGCACCGAUCACAACUUGUGUCUGGAUUUUCCAGACCUGCACUAUAGUGGUGACGAGCACCCCACUAGCUCCCAGCUGCCAAUCCCACUAAAGAAAGAGGAAGGGGAAUGCCAUUGUUUAUCGACUUUGAGUACGCUUGUAUCUCGUCAGAUCACCGCACGAGAUGUGAUGCGAUACGAUGCAUCGCUUGUCUUGAUCCGCGACGCCGCGCGCGCGUGUAUCACAUUCUGUCACUGUCCCUUCUGCCCUAAGGAUGCAGGGAGCAUUAGCCUGGUUGUCACCACGCUGAAACUCAUGACCGGCAGCGUAGACCGCUUGAUUCAACAUCUGCAACGCCGCUCAAGCUCGGAAUCAAGCAGCAAGAUGGAUCUCAGUACUGUUCCUAUCCCUCCCACUAGGGAGGAGAGCACACCUCCUAAAAUAGGGACAGGAGGUGGACCCAUCCAAGCCCAAUUGGGGGUAUACCACACCGCCAAGGAAGACGUUCAGGAACAGAUUCAGGUGCUGUCUACGCUAGUCCGAUCAGGGGUCAGGAGGAUGCUCGAGGUGUGCUGGCCCAUGUGGGAUUUGCUACGUUCGAUGCCAUGCUCCAUGCCGUCGGCUUCACUUGCCAAUGGUUCUUCUUCCCAGGCACACAAGGCUCCGGAUGUAGAAUACAAUGGAACCUCACUAAAUCCUUCAGAGGUUGCCCAGGCUCGAAACACAUUGCCAUUUUUUCGCAAUAGCAAAAUGGCAAUCACCACGGCUUUAGAUGAAAAGGUGCAAAGCCUCCGGGAAAGAUAUAUCCUACCCCAUAAUGUGGAAGAAAUUGAGCGAAUGCAGAACCAGCAUGAAUGGGUGAAGGGAUGCGCCGACGGUCUGAUCAAAGCUCCACUAGAUAUGACCAGGAAAGAUCUUCGGGUCUUGGAUGCUGCUACUGCGGAUGGCUACUGGAUUCAGGACGCAAAAUCAAUUAUGCCAGCAGGAACGGAAUUUGUGGGGUUCGAUAUCGCACCUGACCUAUUCCCGCCAACUCAGACCCUUGGCCCGAAGGUGACCCUCUCGGUGCAGAACCUGAUUGAGCCCUUCUCUCCAGCUUGGAAGAAUGCAUUCGACCUUGUCCAUGAACGAUUCGUGAUCUCGCUUUUCAAGGAAGACGAGAUUGCCCAAGUUCUGCAAAACUUACUCUCAUGCGUCAAACCGGGAGGUUGGGUCCAGUUUGUCGAACCGGACUUCAGCACCUGUGUUUCCCGACCCAAAGACAAAACUUCUGCCUUUCAAAUGAUACAUCAGUUAACUGGUCACGUCAUGGCGGAUAACAUGGCGUCGACUAAGCUGGCUGGUCGGCUCGAACAUGCUGGUUGGGUCAAUAUUGGUGUCUCAGUCAGAGAUAUGGUGGCUGGGAAUGCGCAUCCUGACCCUGCGUUGGGGGAGAGAGGGCGGAAGAACAUGCUUGCCAUUCUGAACUAUUUUCAAUCCGUCACUAGCCCAGAAACAUUUGGCCUCUCUCAAGAGGAAUGGCUGACUUUACCGGAACGAUUUUCACAGGAUAUGAAUCAGCACGAAACAGCAAUUCGCCACUACAUCGUCUGGGCGCAGAAGCCGGUUGUGUGA